CAUGUUUCACCUGCAGUCUUGAUCUUCAUUAGCUGAUAGGAGGGAUUUGCAGCAUUGGCAAUAAGUUCUGCUGGUUGCUGGCUGGCUGCCAAACCAGGCUGCUGUUUAAGAUACCAGGUCCUCGCUCUUUUUCUCUGCCUUGUUCCCUCUUUCUACAUUAUUUCGUACCACGUCUUCGCUUGAAGAAUACUGUAAAAGCUUUUGUAACCAGAUGGAAGUAAAGCUGCUGCUACUUGCUUAGAAAAUCAUAUAUAUGUAAUCCUGUGGUUUCUGCUAUUGAGGAUGGAUUUUUUUCUGCUGGAGAAGAAGCAAUCAGAUAUGCAGUCAGAAUUUUAAGACCAGCUCAGAGUGCACUCGAUUUCUUUGGCUGUCUGCUGAAUGUAGCAAUACAGAUGGAUGUGUGUAUUCUAACACCCCAGUUUUAAUGUAUGGAAUGUGAAAGAAAUGUGAUUUUAGAACAUGAAACCAAUGGGAAAUAAGUCUGCAUUUUCAAACUCUGUUUCUCAGCCAGAACAUCCAUUCUUCCAGGUGUCAUGCAGCCACAACCAGCAGUCUACAACAUUUAGGCAUCCUGUGACUGGCCAGUUUUCUCCAGAAAACAUAGAGUUUAUUUUACAAGAGGAGCAGAACUCACAUAUGUCAAAGCACCAGAUAAACCAAAGACCCCCAAGCAUGGUCAGUGAAACAUCUACUGCAGUAACUACAUCCACUGUAGAUGCAAAACCUGGCUCCAAGGUGGUAAAAUCUGGCAAUAAAAUCCACAGCUUUGGGAAGAGGGACCAGGCUAUAAGGAGAAACCCUAAUGUUCCUGUUGUAGUAAGAGGAUGGCUUCACAAGCAAGAUAGCUCUGGGAUGAGAUUAUGGAAAAGACGCUGGUUUGUACUUGCUGAUUAUUGUUUAUUUUACUACAAAGACAGCAGAGAAGAAUCUGUUCUUGGAAGUAUUCCAUUGCCUAGCUAUGUGAUAUCUCCAGUGGGACCUGAAGAUCAUAUAAAUCGCAAGUACUCCUUUAAGGCUGUCCAUACAGGUAUGAGGGCAUAUAUCUGUAAUAAGAGUUCUGUUAUUGGCUCUCAGGCAGAGCAUUCAGGGAUGCGCACAUACUACUUUAGUGCAGAUACCCAAGAAGAUAUGAAUGGCUGGAUCCGUGCUAUGAAUCAAGCUGCCCUUAUGCAAACACGUUCAUCACCAAAGAGAGAAAUAGGAAAAAUAGACCAGCAAGCUGUUCCCCAGGCUAAUCACAUUGAUGCCUGCAAAGAUUGUACAAAAUUAGAUCUUGCUGAUACAAAAGGGAACUAUAGAAAAUCACCUGAAACCUCUGCAUAUAAUAAGCAUGAAGAGAAGAAAAAAACAAGAGAAGAUGGACAUUAUACUAUCAGGAAGAACACUGUGGAAUCGAAAAGGGAGAAAUCUAAACGUCUAUUAGAAGUUGGCACAUCGAAUCCAGAAUCAAGUGUGUCUCGAUCCCAAACAGCUCCGCCUUUUGAAAAGAAUGGAAUGCUUUCCAAUUCAUUAAAUGCAAGUACUGGGCCAGUAGAGCAGAAUGGUGUCAGUUUGUAUAAACGAGGAUUUAUUCCCAGACCAGUUCAAAAUAAGCAAACACAAAGGAAAAACAACAUGGCUCAUAUAGAACACUGGGUGAAAGUCCAGAAAGGAGACACAAAAAGUCUUGUAUCUGAUCAGACUCUUAUUCGACAAGCACCCAGUCAUUCAGUAUCCUUUCCUGAAAACUAUCAUACAUUGCCAAAGAAUACCAGGCAGCCUUCAGGAAGCUCACCUCCUACAAACCGUAAUUUGCCAAGUGACUACAAAUAUGCUCAAGACCGUGUUAGCCACUUGAAGAUGUCCCAUGACGAGAGAAGAGCAAAUAAAGAUGGUACUGUAUGGCAGUUGUACGAGUGGCAACAAAGGCAGCAGUUUAAACAUGGCAGUCCGACUGCACCUGUUUAUAUUGGUUCCCCGGACUUUACCGACCGUGGGAAGGGAAGAAGUUCACUAGAUGUUCCACGUUCAGUUUCUGUUCCUCCGUCUCCUUCUGAUAUCCCUCCACCAGGACCACCUAAAAUCUUUCCUCCCCGACGACCACAUACUCCUGCAGAAAGGGUGACCGUCAAACCACCUGAUGAGAGACAGAUGAUAGAUAUGCCUUUUGCGGGAUCCCCAAGAAAGAUUCGAAACCAAACUAGAAAGAACUCAGCACACAUAGAUAGGCGCUCUAUGCCUACAAUGGGAUAUAUGACCCAUACUGUAAGUGCUCCAAGUUUGCAUGGUAAAUCGCCUGAAGAGCUAACAUUGCUUCUCAUUCGAUUAAGGAGACAUCAGGCUAAGUUGGCUAGUAUACGAAAUUACACAAUCGCCCAAUUACUGCAGCACUUGCCAACUAAUUCCACUUAUCAGGCUGAUGAUACCUAUAUCCAGUUGAAGAAAGAUCUUGAAUAUUUGGAUCUGAAGAUAAAAAAUAAUGGACCUCUGAUCAACAUGGUUUACAAAGUGCUAAAGAGCUCAGCACAAGGGUUACUGUCCAGUAUAAAUAUGACAGGGCGUGAUACAAUAAAGGAACGCAAUGCAAAACCUAUCAAAAUAGGAGAAAGUGAUGUUGAUGUGAAACUAAGUGUUUUCUGUGAACAAGACAGGAUUCUGCAAGAUCUAGAAGACAAAAUAAGAGCUCUGAAGGAAAACAAAGAUCAGUUAGAAUCUGUCUUAGAAGUGUUGCACAAGCAGAUGGAACAAUACAAAGAUCAGCCACAACAUACAGAAAAGAUUUCAUACCAGCAGAAACUUUUGCAAGAGGAUCUCAUACACAUCCGAGCUGAAAUUUCCAAAGUAUCUACUGAAAUGGAAAAUGCCUGGAAUGAGUAUCUGAAAUUGGAAAAAGAUGUAGACCAGCUGAAGCGAGCCUUACAAGAACAGAUGAACCGAUUAUUUUUAUCUCAGGAGAAAGCUCAAUUACAAAAAGAUUUGUGGAGAAUUGAAGAUGUUACAGCUGGCCUAAGUGCUAAUAAAUCCAACUACAAAGUCAUCAUAGAGUCUAUAAAGAACCCAGAAAGAAAAACAGUGCCUUCAUUUUCAAAGCCCCUAGUGCCUUCAUUAUCAUCUACUCUCAUGUCAGCAGACAACAAACUUUCUACUCAGCGAAGCCCACUGUCUAGUCCUAUUAAGCCAUCUUUGGAAGUCAGACUUUUUCCUCAGCCUUAUACCCAGCCUAGAAUACUCUCUCCAUCUCAACAAGUGAAAAAAGUUGAGCCUCCGGUUCAGUCACCAGUAAAAUUAAAGCCAAAGGUUGAAGAUGAAGCGCCACCAAGACCUCCCCUUCCACAACUGUAUAACCCAGAUGACCCCCCACCCGCCGUACCUCCCCUUCCAAGGGAAGCCACAGUCAUCAGGCACACAUCAGUACGAGGCUUGAAACGGCAGUCAGAUGAAAGGAAGCGAGACCGUGAACUAGGACAGUAUGUGAAUGGAGACUACAGGGUAGAACUCCGCUCAUAUGUGAGCGAACCUGAAUUGGCAACUAUAGGCAGUGAGCUGAAUCAACCUUCCCUUGGAUUGCUAGGUAUUGAUGGUAGAUACCAAACAUUACCUACCAGAGGAUUGUCUGGCUCAACGUCUAGAUUACACCAGUCAUUCACAGUUUCAUCUUAUGCAACACUUCGAAGAGAUGGUUCCAAGGAAAGACCAAAGAGUGCCUUGGAGCGCUUAUACUCCGGAGACCACCAAAGAGGCAAGAUGAGUGCUGAGGAACAGUUAGAAAGAAUGAAGCGACAUCAAAAGGCAUUAGUUCGUGAACGCAAGAGAACUCUUGGCCAAGGAGAAAGACAGUCUGCCUCAUCACGUUCAUUUGCCCGGCCACUUUCUGCAGACAUAGGCUCAUGGAGGCGGGAGCAAGAAUUUGACUUGCAGCUGCUGGAAAGAGCAAUGCGCACAGAACAGAAAGAGGAGAAUAACUGGGUAAAAAUAGAGCCUGUGUCAGUGACAGAAGCAGACCUAGAACCUGAAGAUUACAAAUUGGAUAUUAGCAGAGAGUUGUCAAAGCCUGAAAAGGUUGCAAUUCCAGAGCGUUACGUUGAGCUGGAGCCAGAAGAACCUCUCACCCCAGAAGAGUUAGCGGCAAGGCACCGUACAGCAGAAAAAAUAAAGAAUAUUCUUACCAAGUCCAGUAUGCACAAUCUACAGCUUCCAGCUCAGGACAAUCACAUCUCUACAAAUUUAGACUCACAGUUACAAGAGCAAGAACGCAUCAUUAACAUAUCAUAUGCACUGGCUUCUGAAGCCUCUCAGCGGAGCAAGGAGGUGGCAGCUCCGCAAUUGACCUACCCAUCUAAAGCACUCUCACCUUCUGUACCUCAGCCACCCCCUUUAAGCAAUGGAUUUCACUACACAUUUGUCUAAACACCUUGAAACCAAAGCAGUUACUGAACGCUGAUUUCUGAUGUACACCAGUGAACAAAGACCUACUGAACAAGAACAACAAAGAUGAAGAAAGAACUCCCCUACAUUAGCUUUCUCUGAUAUUUUUUUAUUUGAACACAUGCUAUAAGUACUGUUUAUAACUGCAAAGAGAUAUUUUGUACAAAUAAGAAAACAGUUUAGUUUAUCUGCAUUUAGUCAUUUUAAAAAUACAAACAGCACUUUUAAUGUACAAUGUAAAAUAUUGAGACUGGCCAGAACGCACCACAUAGUUAAGCGCAUUCAACUUCUAUUGUUGUGGGUGUAAUUACUGGAUUGUUAGCCAGUGUAUUUUUAGAAACAGAAUAUUAGAUUUUUUUAAAAGAAGGGCUAUACUCAUAUCAAGUUCAAGUGCAUAAUGUAAAGACAGGCUCUGUUUUAUUUCUGAGGAAGAUUUUUGAAAGCACAUCAAAGUGUUUAAGCAGAAGUGACUUGAGGUCUUUUUCUAUUUUUCUCAGAGCAGACGAUGCUUUUGUGACCACUGAUUCAUAAUCGGGUGGAAUGUUAUUGAGGCAUUCAGAAUUGUAAAGAUUCUGAAACUCCAUCUAAAAACUAAAAGCAGAUGCAAAACACAUAAAGAAAGUUUUGUGUUUUAAUAAGUAUUGUACACCCUGGUGGAUUUGGAGAUAGUUAUGGAACUCUGUUGUGCUAUUGCAUAACCUAGUCCAGUCUAACAAAAGUUGGGUUAUAAGUUUUAAAUACAUUUUAUAUUUUUAACUUAGGAUCUGGGCAGUGAAAAAGUUAGGGUAUAAUCUAGUCCCUAUUCUAAUUCAGGAACAGCUUCUUUGACCUAAAUAUAAAAUGUUGGACCCUCUCUUCUUUCUAAUAGUCCUUGGUGCAGGUCAGCAACCAACUCUGGUAGAUCUAUAAAAUGAUGAUUCCUCUUCUUCCUCUUAGAACAGGCAAUUGUAUGUCCCAGCAGGCAGAAGUAAAAGGUUAUUAGUAUACUGGAUUCCAGUUAUUCACACUCCUUGAGUUUGAGCUGCAUGUUUCGUGCCAAUAUAGCAGGUACAAAAAUACAAAAGACCCACAUUUCCCUUGGCCCCUUGUGCAACAUGUUUAAGAAAACAGGGAGUGAGGAAACUGGUCUCUUGAGCUUGAUAGGAAUCCUCUCCGUUUGGGUCCUGCAUCUAAGGUGGAUCACCCACUUUAAAUUGAAUUAUAUAAAGUAAGCAAUACAACGAUAAGAGAAUGUAUCAUUGUAAUUAUAUAUUUAUAUAUAUACACACAGACAUAAUGUUUUCAGCAGGAAAAAAGAAUAAAUACAACAGCCUAUUUAUACUUUAUUAAUUCAGCUACUGCCUUAAUUUUCUUAUAUCUUACAAUUUGUUAUAUCUUAGACUAAAGAUUGACUAAUGGAAAUAAAUAAUGACUAGCAAUUGUUUUGAAUUUGAGAUUUGAUCCCACUCCAAUUGAAACUCUAAUAGAUCCAUUAGAAUAAUGAGAAUUAAGACCUAUUGUGAGUUGUUUGCAAAUAUCCAAUAUAUUCAUAAUGAAUGAGUUCACACAUACUUGCAUUGCAUUGUAAAAAGUAUUUCUACAUUCUGGUAUAGUGCAUUCAUUUUUACAUAGAACAAAUAUAUGAAAAAUGCUAAUUUGGACUCUUGGUAAAUUUAAUAAUUUAAGCUGUCAUGUCGGAGCUAUAUGUUAUCCUCUCUACAUGGGUGUGCUGUCAAUAGUCCUUCCAUUUUCACUAUCAUAUCGCCAUCUGCUGCUCCAAAAGGCUUUCUAGUUUUGCUUGUAAUUCACAUAGAUUUUUAAGUCAUGGCAGUCUCCGUCUGAUAAUCUGGUCUGGAUCUACAAAACUGGAUUCUAGAUCUGCAGAUCUAGAUCCUCGAUUUCAGUGUGGAGAGUUUUGAGUGGCAUUCAUGUGGAGAAGAUAACAUGUAACUGGACUUUUCUAGCAAUUUUAUGGUUAUUUGCUAAAUUACUAAGUUAUGACGCAAAAGGUUUUUAGCACACAAACUUCCCAGGCACGGUUUUGCGAAGAGACGUUUUGGUGCAAACAAUUGGGGAAAGGAAACUCUGCUGUCUCAGAAAAUCAGAUCCAGGAAAGUCCAGUAAACAUAAUGCCCUUUCUAUUUUGGGCCGCUACUAUAAGGAACUGAAAUAUAAGUAGAAUGCACAGUAAAGAUUGAAAUUUUGAAAAAAUAUUUCAAAAUGUUUUUCUGCAACCAGAAUCAAGUGAUUUACUUUCAAUAUAUUCUGCUACAUCUUCAGAUUCAGAGAUCUUUCUGUGGCUCCCCAUUAUAUCUUGGAAAUGCCUGUUACAACAGAUUUUUGUUUUCACAAAGGGCAGGAGGUCUAAUUCCACUGGUUUUAGGAACAAGAAUACAUCUUUGGUUCUUGGCCCAUGAUGGUUUUCCAAAAUAAGAGAUGUAGAAAAGCUGGAAAUAAUGGUCAGAGCUCAGAGAACUGCACAUUUGAAUUCUGUUUGCAAUGCUGCUUGCUGAGAGGGUUGUUUUUCAAUGGUGAAAAGGCCUCCAGUUACCUUAUAUGAGGCUUAGAUGAACUUUCUGCACGGCAACCCACCAAAUUUAAUGAACUAAUUUCAGAAGUCAAAUGAAUUCUUGAUGAUAUACAAAUGUGCUUCAGAGUAGAGUAGAGUAGAAUGCUCAGAAGAAAUGUGGCACAUUCAGGCAUCCAGAAGCAGGUGGGAAAUACGGAAAUAAGAAACAGAUGAGGAGGUUGCUACUACCAAGAGCUUGGUACUAAAACCAGUUUUUUUCUCUUUUGGAGAUACAGUCUUGGUCUUCAAUUUUGUGUGCAUCAACCUGUAUUUCUUGCAAAAUGCACCAUGUUUCAUGUGUUGAUGAUGUAAAUAUUUAUAUCUUACACAGAAAUUACCUCUAUAAGAAAAAUUCAUGUGAAUGCUAGCAUUAGUCUUUUUCUCAGACUCAACUCUACUGUCUCCAUUUCUUAAAAGAAUAGCAAAUACAGUGUAAUACAGGCCUGUUUCAGACUUUCUUUUAUUAUGAAUAAUCAAGAGAUGGAUUCAGGCUUGUUUUCUACUUACUGGAAAAAAGAGUUUCACAAAAGAGAAACACUUUAUUAAUGUUCACUUCUCCAUCAGUAAAUUCUUUAAGGAAAAAUACUGUUUCCACCUAACUUAUGCCUCUUAUGCAAAAAAAUACAUAACUGCAGCUAUGUUUAAGAUUAUUAAUUAAAAACUCUUCCUCUAUUUUGGCUAUGCUCUUCUUGAGAAAUAUAUUUAGAAAAUUCAAUCUAUUUUUAACUAACGGAAAACUGCCAGUGUCAAGUCUGUAACAUUUUGCCAAAAUGAAAUUAUUUUAUUUUUGCCUUUAUUAAAAUGUUGAAAUAAAUAUUUUGCAACAAAACAUUAAUUUAAAUGUAACAGUUUGAGAAUAAUGUAUAUGUACAUAUUAAACUAUUAACAUAAUAUUG